AUGGGUAUGCUCCUGCUAUUAGGGCAAUGUGCCUGUAUGUUUAUAGCAAGUUUCGUAGUGGGUAGUAUACCAUUAUGGAUCAAAUCUGCAACCACCGGCCGUCGACUGAAGAUGAUGUCUGUCUUCGGUAUGGGCCUAUUGGUCGGUGCAGCUUUGACUAUCAUCAUUCCUGAAGGCGUGUCGACAUUGUUUGAUGCUCUUCCUUCAGACAGACAGGGACAUGAUGAAAGCGCUAUUCACGCUAUUGGUAUAAGCUUAUUACUGGGUUUCGCUUUGAUGCUUCUGUGA